AUGGCCCUUACGAGGGCCGUCCUCUCAGCUCCGGCUACGCCAUCCGCGCUAUACUGCGACCCGGGGUCAGAGGUGUGCUACUCCAGCAGCACAGUCGGUAUUGCCUCCAUCUCCUACAGGCUGGCCAUCCCGAAUGUGACUGCAAGCCCAUUUGAUAUCUUGCUUCAGAUAGUUGCACCGAAAACAGCUCAAUGGGCCGGUGUGGCGUUUGGCGGACACAUGAUCAAUAACACACUUGCGAUGGCAUGGGCUAAUGGAAACACAUCAGUUGUCUCUUCUCGCUGGGCGUCUGUACAUGAGCUUCCCGAACCGUACGACGGUGCAGAAUAUACCGUCCUCAAGGGCUCGGUCACCAACGAGACUCACUGGACAUUGACAGCGCUCUGCAAGGGUUGCUCUUCUUGGGUUCAUGAUGGCGGCGCCAAGACAGUGCUGGAUCCGAACUCCCCGUCUAUCAAUCUUGCCUGGGCGGCUUCGCCAUACCCUGUCGGAGAUCCAGCCGACAACUACACUAUGCUAGCUAUCCAUUCAGAGCAUGGCACAUUCAAUCUUGACCUAGCUGCAGCCAAGACAGAUAAGUUUGAUAGCUACGUGCAAUCACUGUUGGCUUAG